UUCUAAGCCCGUAUUAUUGCUGACAUACCUGUAUUAUUUGUCAUGCGUGUUUACGUCUCGUAUUGUUGCUGAAAUAGCUAUCUGGUUCGUCAUGAUUUCAUUUGUGCGUAGUUAACUACAAGUGUUUGCAGAUCGUUGUUAAAAUUUUAUAAAUUUGUCUGUAUUCUGUAAGCGGUACCACGGUUAUGUCAGGGUUUUUUUAAGUAUUUUAACGUCGCUAAAAUCUAAAACGUGUUCACGGUCACACGCCGAUCGCCAGUAAUAUUUUUAUAAUAUUGAACAUUAUUUUUUCUCGCGAGUUGUUAACUCGUAUAUAGUCAACGCGGGCGUUUCAUCGCUCCAUCCUUAAUUUUGUUGAUAAACGUUUUGAGCGACCAUUAGGAGUUAUCGUUUCCUGUACCUACGCGUGUAAGCAAUUUAUUGUGCGUUUGCGUGGAGGACGCCGCUGCGAUGGACAACGAGAGGCCGUACCAAGUACCUAGCUUGUUGAAAACUGCGUACAACGCUUGCAACCAGAUGGACCGUGAAAGGUUCGAUUUGCUGGAUGUGCCGGACGUCGAUUUGCGACAUUGUUGCGAGUCGCUGUUCGAAUUAUUAAAAAUCGAAAAAACUCGAUACGAGGGCUGCGAUAGGCACUCCAUGUACAUCAGGUCGCUGUUCUCCUUCAACGACCAGAGGUAUAAAAACAUAUGCGAGGAGGCAGCGUCGCACGGACACGUAAAUUGCUUGAAACUCGCUCACGAGAUCGGCGUCCCUUGGGGCCAAAUGUCCAGAGGGAACGAUGAGCCGUGGGACCGGGCUGCGAGUUCGGGGCGUUUGGAGUGUCUAAAUUACGCCCAGGAUAAUGGGUGCCCUUGUGACGAGCGGACGUGCAGCAAUGCCGCGGAGAACGGUCACAUGGACUGCCUAGCUUACGCCUGGGAAAACGGAUGCCCGUGGGACCAGUCGACAUGUUACAACGCCGCGUUAGGUGGACAUUUGGACUGCCUGGUUUUCGCUCGGGAAAACGGAUGUCCUUGGGACGAGCGUACGUGCAGCAACGCGGCGAUGAACGGUCACAUGGACUGCCUAGUUUACGCCCGGGAAAACGGAUGCCCGUGGGACCAGUCGACAUGUUACAACGCCGCGUUAGGUGGACAUUUGGACUGCCUGGUUUUCGCCCGGGAAAACGGAUGUCCUUGGGACGAGCGUACGUGCAGCAACGCGGUGAUGAACGGUUACAUGGACUGCCUAGUUUACGCCCGGGAAAACGGAUGUCCUUGGGACGAGCGUACGUGCAGCAAUGCGGCGAUGAACGGUUACAUGGACUGCCUAGUUUACGCCCGGGAAAACGGAUGUCCGUGGGACCAGUCGACAUGUUACAAUGCUGCGUUAGGUGGACAUUUGAACUGCCUGGUUUUCGCCCGGGAAAACGGAUGCCCUUGGGGUGAGUGGACGUGCAGCAAAGCCUCGGAUAACGGUCACAUGGAUUGCCAAGUUUACACCCGGGAAAAAAAAUGCACGUGGGACCAGUCGAAAUUCUACAACGCCUCCGCAGCAGGUGGACAUUUGGACUGCUUCAUUUACGCCCGGGAAAAUGGAUGCCCGUGGGACAAGUGGACGUGCAGCCGCGCCGCGUACCGUGGUCACAUGGACUGCCUGGUUUACGCGAGGGACAGGAACAAGAGCCAACCAGUUUACCCACUGUAUUACGGGUGCCCGUAUAAACGUACGCCCCUACAUAAGCGUGGAUGGCGGGGGUUGACUGGGAUAAACGGGCUAUAGUACGCCAGAAAUUUGUUUAGCCCCUUGUGUAAAUGUUUACUGUUUUAUAUGUCCAUAUGUGAGAACUGAAAACAUUUUUCAUUAUUAAUUUUGGUGUCCGAAAAAUAUUUUAUUUGAUGAUUGAAAUUUUAAAUAAAAAAUGCUAAUUAUUUGAAUAACUGCGUAUUGAUAAAGAUGAUUUUGGCAUGGAUGCUAUUGUAUCGGAAAUUAACAAUAUAUACACUUAUAUAGUAAUAUAUAC